AAUGAUCUGGGAUAUAUGAAUUUGUCACUUCCGUUUUGGAAGAGAUGCGUGCAGGAGCCAGGUGUGUUGCUGAGGUCGAAGGAGUACAAUGUGAUUGGUUCUCUGCUAACUGUGGAGCUCACCAAGGACAUGUGCUUGCGCCUUUCAGAAUUGCUCUCGGCUUUCCCUCUGAAACCGUGCUCACAGUGUCACGCACGAUGGUCUUAUUCUAGGGGGAAGAUCAGUGAAUUUCGUUCCCGUGCUUUACCUAGGUCUGAAAACAGCAUAGACGAUGGCAUCGACGAAAUCAAAAUCAACUUCAACGCUACUGCGUUGACCAGCACGGUCACUGAAACGCAAGAAUUCGAAACCACGGGUAGGAAUGCGACGACGCUGAAACCGAAUGAUUACAUCUAUGCGUCCAGUGAAAAUUUCAAUACAUCUAACGACGAUUCCGCAAACUUAACUACGUGUAUACAAACAGAAGUCGACCUUGUGAUCUUGAUGGACAGCUCGGGUAGCUCAGAGCCGGUUUUCGACGAAUACAAGAGGAUAGCCAGCAGAGUGAUCGAGACCGUUCCGAUAAGCCAUACCGCGACGUUGGUCAGCCUGAUUCAGUACAGUACGUAUGCAAUCGUCCGUCAGUGGUUCGACGUUGACCAGACGACCGAAAGCGUAGUUCGGCUAAUCCAAAACCUGGAGCUGAAAGGCGGAGUCACGGAAACCGCGGACGCCGUUGCCCUGGCGAUGCGACAGUUCGACUUCGCGAGACGGCUGCACUCUAGAAAACUGAUCAUCAUGUUCACCGAUGGCAAUUCAAACGAUCCCUGGUUGAAAGCUGUUUCGGCCGCAUCGGCACUGCACACUAUGGGCGCCCAGGUUAUCAUCUAUGCUGAUGGCAACCCUCUGGGCGAGAGUGAAAUUAAACUGUACGUCGGCACUGACGGAAUCGUUGUUCACAAAGGAGGCGAAGACCACCUGUACAAGAAAACGAGAGAGUUCGCGUACAACUGCACAACCACCUCAGCUGUAGCUUUCUAG